AUUCCUGGACCGCAACUCCCAGGGUGCAACGCAGAUCACGCCCGCCUUGUACAUUCGAGCAUGCGCUCUUAGAGGUUCCGGGGGCCGGUGGGAUUUACUUCCGGCAGCAGGUGGUGGGGCCAUGGCUGCCCUUCUCCGAGCUGUGCGUAGGUUUCGGGGAAAAGCUGUGUGGGAAAGGCCUCUCCAUGGGCUGUGGUGCUGCAGUGGGCAGGAGGAUCCUAAGAGGUGGGUGGGCAGCAGUUCACCCAUCUCGAAGGAGAAACUACCAAACGCAGAGACUGAGAAAUUCUGGAUGUUUUACCGUUUUGAUGCCAUCAGAACCUUCGGGUUCCUGUCACGACUGAAGUUGGCACAGACUGCCCUGACAGUGGUAGCUUUGCCACCAGGCUAUUACUUGUACUCCGAGGGCCUCCUCACUCUCAACACCGUGUGCCUCAUGAGUGGGAUAUCGGGCUUUGCCCUGACCAUGCUGUGCUGGAUGAGCUAUUUCUUACGGAGACUGGUUGGUAUCCUGUAUCUGAAUGAGUCUGGCACCAUGCUGCGGGUGGCCCAUCUGAACUUCUGGGGCUGGCGGCAGGACACAUACUGUCCGAUGGCAGAUGUGAUUCCCCUGACAGAAACCAAGGACCGGCCUCAGGAGAUGUUCGUGCGUAUCCAGCGGUACAGUGGGAAACAGACCUUCUACGUCACCCUGCGCUAUGGACGCAUCCUGGACAGACAGCGUUUCACACAGGUGUUUGGGGUACAUCAGAUGCUCAAGUGAACAACUGGGACCUGGACCUCUGGGUAACCCUGGGUCGCCUGGAUUAACAGGAAGGCUGAGGGUGUGGGCAAGGCUGAAGAAAGGGGAUUGGGUACUUGGAGACUUUGCCUGGGCCCCUGGGAACAUGUGUUUUGUGGUGAAGGAAUUCACAAGGCAAGAGCUGGUGUCCAGGUUUAGGAAAAAGGCUCUAAGCAAGUUCUUACAGCACUUGUUUGUGACAUUCAGUCAGAUAAUGGCCAGAAGUUUUUGUUAAGAGCCGGUUCUUAGAAGAACCUAUGCCAAGGUCACCCAUAGAGUCCAUUGGUGUGAAAGAGAAAGGCAAAGAGGUGUGGCGGGGGAGCGUGAGAUUUGGAGUCAGAAGUCUCAGUUCUGUCAUUUGUCCUGGAGCAGGUUAUUGAGUCUCUUUGAACCUUGGUUUUCACAUCUGUAAAAUGGAAAGUCCUGCUUGUUUCAUGGGAUGGGUGUGGGAAUAAACAAUAAAUGUCAAACGUGUGGCAGACUCAA